GCUAUACUUUUUUUAUGUUUCCAAUUAGAUGUCGAUUUUGCAUUUUGUUUUUGCGUUAUUAAAGAGGAGUCUUGUUAUGAUUUCAGUUAGAUUGAAUAAAAUAGUAUCUAUUAACGGUUUGUGAUAAUCGCCUGUGUGGAACCUUGCUGAUCGAUAUUUUAAAUUCGUAUUGAUUAUCUGCCGUUACACCGUAUGUGACAGAAUAAUGUAUAGAAAAUUACGUUUACUGUUAAACGUAAAUUAUAUUUCUUUUUUGGUUUGUUUAAAGUGUGCUUUAAUCGAUAUUUGUCGUCACCAAGGGGAACCUGCUAGUCACCUGUUUCUGUUUGAAUGACAUUUUAGACAAAUCCGCGAUAUUCUCGUCCCUCGUUCUUAAAUUUCCCGAAGGAUCCAAUUUCUUUUACAAUCGUUAGGUUUGUCAGCGUUGGACUUCAUAAAACUGUAUUAUCCCUAAAAUUUCAAAAGGAUACAAAAUGCGUGAGAUUGUUCAUAUCCAAGCUGGUCAAUGCGGCAAUCAAAUUGGAGCCAAGUUUUGGGAGGUGAUUUCGGAUGAGCACGGCAUCGAUCCUACAGGUUCCUAUCAUGGGGAUUCGGAUCUCCAGUUGGAACGAAUCAACGUGUACUACAGUGAAGCCACUGGACCGAAAUAUGUGCCUCGCGCGAUUCUGAUUGAUCUCGAGCCCGGUACGAUGGACUCCGUGCGCUCAGGAUCGUUCGGACAGAUAUUUCGACCAGACAAUUUCGUAUUCGGACAAUCGGGGGCUGGCAAUAACUGGGCCAAGGGUCAUUACACCGAAGGUGCCGAGUUAGUGGACUCAGUGCUCGAUGUAGUGAGAAAAGAGGCGGAAGGCUGCGAUUGUCUCCAGGGUUUUCAACUCACACACUCGCUGGGAGGUGGUACCGGGUCCGGAAUGGGCACUCUGCUCAUCACGAAGAUCCGAGAAGAGUACCCGGAUAGAAUCAUGAGCACAUUCUCCGUAGUACCCUCUCCCAAGGUCUCCGACACCGUUGUGGAGCCCUAUAACGCUACUCUGUCGGUUUACCAAUUAGUGGAGAACACUGAUCAAGCUUAUUGCAUCGACAACGAAGCCCUUUAUGACAUUUGUUUCCGUACUCUGAAGCUGUCUACUCCUACGUACGGUGAUCUAAAUCACUUGGUUUCCGCUACCAUGUCCGGUGUGACAACCUGUCUAAGAUUUCCCGGUCAACUGAACGCUGAUCUGAGGAAACUCGCGGUAAACAUGGUGCCGUUUCCCCGACUACAUUUCUUCAUGCCCGGUUUCGCGCCACUUACGUCCCGAGGUAGCCAACAGUACCGUGCGCUUUCCGUGCCGGAGCUCACCCAGCAAAUGUUCGACUCCAAGAACAUGAUGGCAGCUUGUGAUCCUCGUCAUGGUCGUUAUCUGACUGUGGCGGCCGUCUUCAGAGGUAGGAUGUCCAUGAAGGAGGUGGACGAGCAAAUGCUCAACAUCCAGAACAAGAAUAGCUCAUACUUUGUCGAGUGGAUACCAAAUAACGUGAAAACCGCCGUCUGUGACAUUCCACCCCGCGGCCUCAAGAUGUCUGCCACCUUUAUCGGCAACUCGACAGCUAUUCAAGAAUUAUUCAAGAGAAUUUCUGAACAGUUCUCUGCCAUGUUCAGAAGGAAAGCUUUCCUGCACUGGUAUACUGGUGAAGGUAUGGACGAGUUGGAAUUCAACGAAGCGGAGUCAAACAUGAACGACCUGGUGUCGGAAUAUCAACAAUAUCAGGACGCGACAGUGGAGGAUGAGGAGUUGACGGACGAGUAGAAAAUGAAGAAAUAGAAGAAAGAGGAAUGGAGAAGCACGUUCACGUUUACAAGUUUCUUUUUCGACGGUGCAUGUUUUAUUUUGACUUGUUUACUUAUUUUUUAGUAAUCUUUUACAAUAUUUUAUAUGUCGAUAGUAU